AUGGCUAGAAUAAUGGAAUUAGAACAAAAUGAUGAAAAAGCAAAAUUAAGAGAUACUGAGCUCAAUACUAGAAUUAUAGAACUAGAACAGGCGACAAAAGAAACAUCUCCUACAAAUAAUAUUCCCUCAUCCUCAGCUUGUUCAGAAUUACCAGUAAUUUUUCAAUCAUUUACUUCAACUAUUGAAACUUACUCUGAUGAAGAAAACAAUAUAGGCUCUAUAGAUCCAAAUCUGGUACAAAAUGUUAUUUCUUCUGAAACAGAUCUUGACAAUACCCCUAAACAGAAAAUCAUGUUAGAAGUUUCUGAAAACUCUAGUCUGCAAUUACAAUAUACUGAUUCUAAUAUCUCUGAAGAAGGCAUAGCUAAUAGUAAUGUAGAUAGAGACGUGACUUCUACAACCCUGAAUGAAACAGAAUUUCAACCCAGCAAUACUAACUUUACACUUUUAUAUGAAAAACUUUGUGAUGCAAUAAUUCUUGCUGAUCGUAAAAUCCAAGAAUCUAUCAUAUGUUAUUGCCUAUUUGGAAAGGCUCUUAUUCAAAGACGUAAUGAAAUAGCAUCAGAAAAACAAGUUGAUCCAGAAUCUAAUAGA